AUUAUAAUGAGCAAUAUUGAUUAACUUUUGAGAAGUCGACCAAAAAUUUUAAAAGGGAGCCAAAAUUUGAUAUAGAACAAACCUACAAAUGAAUUUAGUCUUAAUUUAGACAAAGCCUUAUUUACAAUGUAACCAGCUCCGAGAUUGAUUGUACCCAAGGAAGUCAAUGUGAAUAAGUAGAAGUAUGAGGGAUAAGUAGAUCAAGUUGACAUGUAUUCAUGAUUGCUUACUAGAACUGAAUAAGAGUUUGAGAAACUAAUACCGAAGAAGCAGAAGGAUCCUCCCAUUACUAAUAAGAAAAUUGUUAAUGAUAAAUAAGAAAUGCCUACUUAUAUAUUAGAGGAAGAGAAGACUAAAUAAGUAAGUACAUCAAAUAAUUAAGUUUGUUAUGGAAGCAUUGAGUGAGGAGUUGGCGAGAUUGGAUUCAAACACAGAAAAUUUAUUGAAGACUUUGGAUUAAGAAAAGGAGAAGAUGGGAUUGAUGAAGCAGUAGAACGACGAAAUAGAGCAGUAAGUUAAGUUGAUGGUUCAAAAUAAAAGAUUAGAAAAUAGGAUCUCAUAGUUGGAGGACUAAUUGAAGUAUUUGAUUUAGGAUAAUUUGAAGUGUUCCAAAAGAAAUUAAAUUAGAUCUAUUAAAUGCUGAUUGGAAUGUGGCUAAUGAGAAAAUAGAAUAGAUGUUCAAAGAAAAUUAAGAAUUAUUCAAUGAAGCAGAUUAAAUUGCACAUGAAUUCGCUAAAUAAUAAUUGGAAUGUGAAAAUGAUUGA